AUGUCGAUCCAAGUGAUCAGGAGCCUGUUUACAGCCCAGCUGGCCCUAAGCGGCCCUUGGGAGGGGCUGGAGUUGAAAAGUCACACUCCAUCCUAUUGCGAUGAGUCCCUGUUUGGCACCAAGCCUGAGGAUCCGUCCUGGGCAGCUUCUUGGAUGAAGAGAGAAGAUGUAGCCAAACUUCGUCCACUGCUCUGGAGCCCGUCAUCCGCCCCCCGAAACCAGUCAAGCCUUUCCUCCCGCUCCAAGGAGACGCCCUUGAGGGCUGUCCACCCACGAGCCUCAGCAUCGCCAGCGCUAGCAAACCUUGGCACAGAUCAUAAGGGCGAGUCUUACAUCUGGAAACGGCCUGAGAGCAAUUCGGACUCUGAAGGCCGGAGUGCUCCCAACAGAGGACGUUCUCAGUCUCUCACUCGGCUGAACGCCUCUCCGGAUAGCCUCCGACUGGCUUCAGGCAACCCCAAGACAGAAAAGCAUAAAAAUCAGUGCCCCUCAACAGCCCCUGCAACACCCCGAGGUCCUCUGAUGAGGGUUCGGUCUAAGAGCGUGUCUGCACCUUGUUUUGCCAGGAACUCCAAGGCAGUGGGUAUCUGCAAACCCAGGCCUCCCUGGAAGUAAAAUGAACGUCCCUUUGUAUGUAAAUGCACCCCUAACCUACCCACGACAGGGGUCUGACACCCAUUGAGCAAACAAGGGAAGGAGCUGUCAGGGAGCAGCGAGAAGGGGACUGCUCCACGAGGGAGGACGAGCCAGGAGCUGAGAGUGACCACAGCAUCAACGCGGCAGUGAGUGACCUCCCUGAGCGGGGUACAGUCCCAUGGCACCCAAGCAGGACAGCCGUGGCAGUAAUAACAGCUUUCAUUGCCUGUCCAGGGAUCAUCAGAUGAGGUGAGGUAAUGAGUCAGGUUGCUUCCGUCCAGGACGUCCAGUCAGGACAGCCAGGAGACAGGACUACCGACAGCAUAGGUGCAGGGCCCAGCCAGGAGACAGGACCGGACACAGGUACACCUACAGUGUAGCCCAGAGUAAGAUGGGGGGCUGGGACCGAGCGCAAAUGGGGCUCCUGGACCGUGGAGCAGAGGGUGCCUGGGUAGAGGUCCCAGGUGAGGCUGGCCAGGGCAGGUAAGGUCUGUUGGUGCGCUCAGAGCCCUGACAGGAACCUCCACUGUCCACUUCUGGGGAGAGAGGAGUUUGGCUUCAUCCUGCCUGUCACAUGCAGUCACAGCCUCAUUCGGGUUGGACGGCACCGCAGGAGGUCUCUAAUCUGAACUGCUCGGGGCAGGGUCAGCUCUGGGGUCGGACCAGGUUGCUCAGGGCUUUAUCCAGUUGGGUCUUGGAGACCGCCAAGGACUGAGACUGCAUGAUGUUUCCGGCACCCUGUUCCAAUGCUUCAGUGUCCUUGCAAUGAAAAAAUUUUCCCUUGUAACCAGCCAGAGCCUUUCUUGCCUCAAUUUUGGUCUAUUCUCUCACUCUCCUGCCAAACACCUUAGCAAAGAACCUGGCACUAUCUUCUUGGUAACCUCUUUGUGGGUGCUGCUGUGAGAUCCCCCGCGAAACUUUCAUUCUCCAGGUUGAACAAGAUGGUUUUACUUGCAGCCUCUGAUCAUGGGGCACGUGCUCCAGUCCCUGACCAUCUUGGUGGCUCUCUGCUGGACUCGCUCCAGUUUAUCAACGUUUUAGUGAUACCCUUUGGCCAAGGAAGGAGACGGGAGAGCGAGCAGAGAGGUGAGGAAUGGCAUCGCCCUAUGUCCUUCUCGCAGUGGGAUGCUCUUAGAGUGGAUGGGUUUGCGUGGCAGAGCAAGGAUCUGCCUCGGUGAUUUCAGCAGUUGCUUGGGAUUGGGCCUUGCUGACUGGACACAAAAAUCCUGUGAUUGAUACUGAACGCUGUGAGGUGCUGUCACAGCGAUGCUACGCUUGCAUACAAAUAAAUGAUCAAAGGCAAAUCUGC